CUUCCGGGACGGGGCCGUCAUGGCACCACCCGUGAGAUACUGCAUCCCCGGCGAGCGUCUGUGUAACCUGGAGGAGGGCGCCCCGGGCAGCGGCACCUACACCCGGCACGGCUACAUCUUCUCGUCGCUCGCGGGCUGCCUGACGAAGAGCAGCGAGAACGGCGCGCUUCCUGUGGUGUCUGUGAUGAGAGAAACAGAGUCCCAAUUACUGCCAGAUGUAGGAGCAGUUGUAACCUGUAAGGUCUCCAGCAUCAAUUCACGCUUUGCCAAAGUUCAUAUCCUAUACGUGGGGUCCACACCGCUCAAGAACUCUUUUCGAGGAACUAUUCGCAAGGAAGAUGUCCGAGCAACUGAAAAAGACAAGGUUGAAAUUUACAAGAGUUUCCGCCCAGGUGACAUUGUCUUGGCCAAGGUGAUCUCCCUGGGCGAUGCCCAGUCCCACUACCUGUUGACCACAGCCGAGAACGAGCUGGGGGUGGUGGUGGCCCACAGCGAGUCAGGUGUGCAGAUGGUACCCAUCAGCUGGUGUGAGAUGCAGUGCCCCAAGACGCACACCAAAGAGUUCCGGAAGGUCGCCCGCGUACAGCCGGAGUUCCUGCAGACCUGAGGAGCCUGCCUCACCCGUGGAGGGGCCCACUGCUUCCAGGAGGAAAGUGUGAAAGUGAUAGUAAGAUGCCCUUGUUUGUACUCAGAUACCUGGGCUCGGCCAGCAGCCACCUCCAGGAAAAUCUGCCAGAAACUUCUCUGUAGAUGGAGCAUCUUUCUUGUAAACCAGCCAGCGGAUUUCAUCCUCUGGAGUGAUAAAACUUCUCUUUGGAAGGCACCAGCAAACAAAACCGUGUGAAGCUGGAAAUAGCCUGUUCCUCCUAACGGUCUUUGUAAGUGCAUAUUUUUGCCAUGAUAAAACAUUUUUACUAAAAGGA